AUGGACCAGCUGCCGGUGGAACUCGUCCAAAAAAUCCUGUCAAUUUUGUCGACUUCGGACUUGAUGAACUGCUGCCUCGUGUCCAGAAGAUUCAUGGCGAUUUCCUGCAGCCUCAUGCCGGAGCUGGUCUCCCUCAGAAUCGCCUUGUCCGAUUGUCCUUGUCGAGCUGGAGGAUCCGCCAAGGAGGGCUGGCUUCAGGUCAAAAAAUUAUUUCUUUAGAGUUUUGUGUCCGCAGAUGGCCAGGCUUGACUAGGGGAUUUAUUGGUAACAAAAAGUAAUUUGGAUUGCCAGAGUGGCAGUUUUAGGGGCGCCUUAUACCAGGUAAGGGCCACACUACCUCUCCCUUUAGUGGGCUCCGAUGCUUGCAAAAGUGGUCACUCUAGGGGUGCUUGCUAGUCGUUCACCGUUAUAAACUUCAUGAGAUAAAAAAAUUCUCAAAACUCAAUAAAUUAGCGUUUUUUUUUCGAUGUCUUUUCAAUUUUCAAAUCUGAACUGAUAAUCAAAAUAACCCUAUAGGGACCACUAAGGCUUCAGAGGCUCAUGCUCAGGCUCUAAACCCCUAUAGGGACCUUCUUAUGAACUUUUCGAAUAAAAUAUAAAUAAAAAAGAAAGACCAUCUGAAAUUUCAGUUUUCCUGUAUAUAGGGUUAUUGAAUGAGCUAGAAACUAUUAUCUGAAUAUCAUAAAAAAUGCGUAUAGAAAAGUGUUGUCUUGGGAGAGCUCCAACAGAAAUCUAGAAUGGUUUCAGAUCUGCCAGUGCAAAAUGCACGGCGCCAAAGAGCUCCUCCAAGUUCUCCUCCCGUUUAUUUCUUCAGGUUUGUGACUCGUAAAAAAUAAUGAGAAAUUCGCCUAUUUCAUUUCCCAAUAAACGAGCAUCUGAAUUUUCUUGUCAUUGCAUAAACAUUUAAUUAUGAAGGAAAAUUUGCUGAUUGAAACGGAAAUCUUGUCCAAAAAAAUAUUGAUUUUUUUGAGUUUUUUUGUAACGAUCAUGUUUGUCAAAAAUCGCCACCUAACUUUCAGAUUUUUAAUGUAUGUUUUAUUACUUGAUUAAGAUCUAUUGUUUGAAUAAGAUGUUUGCUAAAGGAACUCUUCGAAAAGUCGCCUUCGUAAAGGUUUCUACGAUAAACAUUCAUUAGAACUUCAAAAAAAGGAAAAAUAAAUCAAAAACUUUCAAUUUUUUUCGAGUUCCUUUCUUCGAAGACGGAAUUUUUUUGUUCUUUUGCUAAGAAAAAAAUAAGCAUUUUUUUGGCCUAUUAAACAUCAUUUUUCUUUUAUUUUUUUGGCUUUUUUUCCGAAAAAAAUUUUUUUCCCAAUGUUUUUUUAUCAAUUUCUUUUUUUGAAUUUGUCUAUCCGAAAUAACUUGAAUUUAACUUUUUACUUCAUUUCUGAUCCCCUUUUUUUUAAAUUUUGACUUGUUUUGCCUAUUUCAUGUAGUUUCAAAAAACUCUGAAUCUUUUGCUAAUGAUCAAUAAACUGAUAAGGAGAAGUGAUAAAAAUGGGAAAACCAGAAUUUAUCGAUCAAAAAUUUUCCAGCCGCCAACUCCCUGGAAGUGGAAGAUGAACUGGCGAAAACUUCGGUUUCCGACGAAAAUAUCGCCAUUUUGCUGGCCUUUUUUGCUGGGGCUCCACUGAAAAGGUCUUUCAUAGUCUGUUCAGAUUUUGAAUGUCAAGUCGUCUCUCAAGCUCCGCCCCCUAAAAUAAACCAAUCAGAAAGCGAGCCAUCCACAGAGCGUUUUUGAAUGACGUCAUUGCACUUGAAAUCAAAAAUCUGAACAAACUAUAUUCCGAAAAUUAAUAGAUGAUUAUUUAUUUUUAUAAUUUAGACUAGCCUUGACAAAAUGCGACUUGGCGAAUGUGCAACCCUGGACAUUGGCCUUAUUGGCUCAGUUUAAUCAACUCGAGAAGGUUUUUUUGGAUUAAAAAUCUAGAAUAUUAAACUUGAUGUUUUGAGAUUGAAAUCGACGGCUGUACCUUCGGAAUCCCGGAAUCUCUCUUGAUCCGAAGCUUGUCGACGUCUUUCUCAACUCUGACCAAUAUCGAUGUCAAGGAUAACAAAUUGGUUUGUUUAGAAAUAGACCAUUUGAACAGAUUCUCAAAUUUUGGGUACCGUACCUUCUAAUUUCGAAACCGCAACUUGAAAAUUAUUUUAGAGAAUCUUGGUUCAUUUCUAGUGGUAUUCCUUCAUGUAAGAUCAUAAAUUUGGCCUUGAAAAUUCAAGAUUUCUAUCAAGAUUUCUAUUCGUUUUCGAAGAGGUGUCGAGAAAAUCGGAUUUAUAUGAGUCAAGCUCUGAAAAGUUUAGUUUUUGGGAGAUGUGUCCAAUCAAAGUUUUUUUUUGAAGAUCUUAAAGUUGAAAUAUGAAUUUUGAUUUGAUCAAAGCAUAGUUAUACCUUUUUGCUGCAUUCUUACCUUUUUUAUGAAGUUAUCUUUGUGUAGGUAAAUAAUACAUUUUUGCAGUCAUUUUUGAGUUUUAUAGAGCUCAGGGGAAAACAAGUAGGAAUAAAGCAAUCAGAGUUAGAUUAUUGUUCUUCGAAAUUUGAAAAAUCCGUGCGAUGCUAGUGAAUUUCUCAGUAAAAUUUCAAUGUUUCACUAUAUUAUUAAUUUAUUAUCCUUUUUCAGGUAACGGAUAAGUUCGUGAGAGCCGUCUCUAGGAGCUGUCCCAUGCUCGAACAGUUCGUCCUUUACCGUUGCAAGCUCAUUUCGACUUUCGCCGUCCUUUCCCUCAUCGAAUCGACCUUUUUCCGACUCAACCACAUGCUCGUCGUCAACGUCGAAGGAACGCUAUUCAAUGCAAACGAGGCAAAUUUUAGUUCUUCUCCAGAAGCGGGCUAAAAUAUGAAAAUCUAGCUUUCCUUAGGAACGACAGAGUAUACACUAGAGGGGUUGAAAAAAAUAGAGCCCCUAUAGUAGACCAUUCUCCAUGCAGGGUUGAAAUUUAGGUGGUCCCUACGGGAGUUUUGGGUCUCAAGCCCAAUCCCUUUAAGUUUAAGUGGUCCCUAUAGGGGUUUUUUUAAGUUUUUGUUCUGACCUGAAAGUUAACACGUGUAAGAAGACGUCAUUAGUAGAAUUUGAUCGAUGAACUGAUCGACCACAGCAUGAUUCCCUACAGUGGCCACUUUUCCAAACCCUAAAGGAAAGCUGAAGUGGUCCCUAAAGAGGUACCCAGAAGAGCCCCUAAAGUUGCGGUUAUAGAGACGACUGUGGACUUCCUGUUCAUUCAAAGCUAGAUUGAGAGUUUUUUUUUUGAAGUGUUAAGAAAAUCUGUUUCUGAAGCUAACGGUUUAAAAAAAAAUCACACGACUAGAAAAAUAGUGUCCGAAAAGACGAGGUUCAGACGUUUCUGUAGCUUCUUUUUUUUCUAAGCGUGCGGUGAUUGGAGUAUAUUUCUGACUCUUUUUUUUUUUAAAAACAUGUUUUGUAUUUUUCGAUGAUAGCGGUCUAUUCAAGUCCUAAAAAAAUUAAAAAAAGAACACAGCUUCGUGAAAAAUAUGAAUGGAGAAGAUUUUUCGAAGUAAAUUAAUGACAAGAUAGUUGAAAAAGAAUUAGUGAAGUCUUUUUCCCGCGUCUCUUUAAAAUUAUCCUAUAACGUAUUUUGUCCCAGGAAUGAAGAACUCAUGUACAUUUCUUUCAGGAAAUGAUUUGGAAAAAUAUGAAAAUUCAAUUUCUUAGAUUUUUUCAUGGGGCUGGAUAUUGUUGAAGUUUGAUGAAAAUUUGGAAAAGAUUUUCAAAUUGAAGAGUAGAAAAAUCUUUUUUUCAAUUUCCAAUUUUAUUAAUAAUUUUUGUUUUAUGAAAAUUUUGAUCAUUUUUUUGACGAAAAACUCGCUUUUUUGUCAUGAAAACUUGUAAAAUUAACUGUUUGAUGGGAAAGACUAAGGCUUAAUUUUUUCUUUUUUCAGUUCCAUAAGAGCGAAAAACGAGCCUUCUGGUAAUUUUUAUUCAAAAUUCGAAGGUCAAGUCAAAAACUUGUCAUCAUGAGAAUAUUCAGCCUAUUUGGCCGUUUAGCAUAAACACUUGUAAAGUUAACCUUUUGAAUGAAAAAUGCGAAAAAAUAGGGCGUGAUUUCUUCUUUUCCAGCUCGACAAGUACAUGUCUUCGCCGCUGUUCGCCGCCCGUGGAGAAUGGCGUCUUUCUCCGACUUCCAUCCAGAUCGGCUUCGAUAAACCCGCCGUUUUGGCUGAGCAUCGACGGGCUCGCUGUGUUCUCGUCUACGUCUGAGGAGCUUCAAAAAACUCGAACUUUUCAAAAGAAAAUGUAACAUAAUCGCUAGAUUUUGACUGUUAUCGAUGUAUAUGAGAAAAUAGCCCUAGAAAAAAAAGUAGAUGGACAAUUCUUAUGAAAAAACGUAUUAAAAUAGCCGUGUAAAAAUCGAGCCGCGAAAAAUAGCCGCAGUAAGUGCGCUCCACAAAUAAUUCAGUAACUCUGACCUCGGUAACACAAACCGGACACGUCUGAAAAUUUCAAAGGCGUCAGAACUCUUAAGGGACCCCUUGAAGUUCUCAGGAACGUCAGUUUUAUGUGAUAGAGGUCCUAGAACGCAAGCCGGGCUUUCCUGACUAUCGAGUGACCACUUCAGUAGCGUUAGAACUCUUAAGUGAUCCCUAGAAUCGCUCAGAAACGUCCGGUUUGCGUUAUCGAGAUUUCAGCGGUGAAAAAAUAGCCUCGAUAUUCCCUUUUCUUCGCUGAAAGUGUGCUCUACGGACAAUUAAAAACAAUGAUAUUUUUUUAACUUUCUAAUAAUUCCAUCCACGCUCUCCUGUCAUACACAAUUCUUUCUAGGUUUUGCUUCGAGUGAUAAAAAAGUGUACAUUUGUAAAAUCCAGCCUUGGAAAUAAUUUUUCAAUUUUCGACUCCGUGGCCAAAGUUUCUAGGAACUCUUCAUUCCUUAUUCAAUUUUCUCAUUUUAGUAUUAUGUUCAAUAUUCUAGUGAUUCUAAUAACUGAAACCUGCCUAUUUCUUCUAAUAUCUAUUGAAUUUCGUUGUAUUUACACCUGUAUACCUGUUCAUUUACUGUAUUUAAUGUACAUAGAUAUUUAGUUUUACUCUCUAGAUUUUUCGGUUUUUUUCUGGUGCAAUUGUUUCGUUUUCGGUGUGGUUCUCUUAGUAAUAAACUUUGGAUAAGAGGGAUUUUUGAAAGUUUUUUGGUAUCUCCAAAAUUGCUUUUUGUGUUAUCAGGACAUCAAAAUGAUCGAUUUUAGAUGUGGGACAUCGUUUUUUUGACGGCGGGAAAUUCGAAUCAAAAAUCGACUUUCGAAAAAUUGUUGAAAGAAUUGAAUUUGGCGGAAUAUUGUGGGGAGAUUCGAGUGAUUGAAGAUUGGCCAAAGGAUUUUUCGAAUAGGCGGGUUUUUUGAAAAACGUUAUUAUCAAUGAUUAAAAUGAUGGAAAUCAAUGAUUAUCAAUGAUUAAAAUGUUAGAAAAAUCGAAAUUUUUCAACGUCAUUUAUGUUUUAAAAAAAUUCCUUAUUGGACCAUUUCCGAUUUCUGAAGCUCGAAACACUUGCCAAAUCAAUGAAGAACCUACUCUUUCCAAAUUUCCCUUGUAAAUCACUUUAAAUUUCAUUUUUUUCCUACGAUCAGCUUAAUUUUUGAGUCGAAAUGUUUAGGUAUGAGACACUUUAAAUUUUUAAAUCGAAUUUCCUAGAGAAUUUGAUUUUUUUCGAUAACUUCAAAAAAAGUUUUUUCAUAAAAAAAUCAUAGAAAAUCGAAUAUUCUCGAUGAAUAACCGAUUAAUUUAUACCCAAAGUUGGGUUUUUAAUUUCUUUUAAAAAAAGUUCUAAUUAAAAUUGGAUCACUUUUUGUUUAUAUUAAAACAUGGAAAAUCUUUCGAAAACUAUUAAAGAACUUACUUUUUUUCGUGAUUUUUCCACGUAAAUUACUUAAAUUUUAUGAAUAUUUUUCAGUUCAAUUUCAAGUCAAAAUUUAAAGAUGUAAGAACCUUCAAAUUCGUCUUUUGAAGCAAAAUCAUAAAUUCGACUAUUUUAAGGUUCCGGAGGGGCGACACUAGAAAUAUUGCGACAACUGUUCAAAACAACCAAUUUUGACAAUCUCAAAACGGAAAAAGUGAGAAAAGAUCAUUUAUUUCUCAACUUUCAACAUUUUUAAGGUCCUCAUUGUGCAUUCUGGCGGUUUCUCGCAGCGAAUGCCGCAUUUUUCUCCUUUUGGAAAGGUUUUCGCCCAUCUUCCCGGCGGGAAAACUGUACUGGAAACGAAAUUGGGCUUUUACAAGUUUGAUAAGACUAGGUUAUAUUGAUUAAAAAUGUAUUUUUCAGAGAAUUGUCGGAAAAACUGGCGCCGGGGGUGAUGAUAACGGCUUCGGACGUUUUAGAAGACGUCUCUUUGUUUUCUGAGAUUGGAGCUUCGGAUUUUCUCAUUUUCGCUCAUGAAUCUUCUAUUGAAGUGAAUUUUUUCAUGAAGAAAGAAUAUAGUUUUGAAUUAGAGUUAAUAAUUUCAUUAUAAGGUUGUGGAUUCAGUUUUUUUAAUUGAAGUUUUUCUAAAGAAUUUUUAAUUUCUUUUUCAAUUUCAUAUUUUUUUGUUAAAGUUACUGCGUAAUUCAAAUUGGCUAAAUUAGGAUUUUGACGUUUUAGUGGCCAUUAUAGUGGUCGAAGUAGUAGCCCCUUGAGUGGCUAGAUUUUUAGUAUUUUAGUAAAAAAAUUUCAUUAGUAAGCCUCUAGAAGUCUAAGUGAUAUUAUAUAGACCCCUAAAAACUGCUAUAGUGGUCACAAAGACGCAAAAUAAUGGUCCUAUAGAGAUGGUUUUACAGAACCACUGUAGUGGCCACUUAAAUGUAUUCUCCAAGUUGCCCCUGAAGAAUUUUCAAAAUUUUAUUCUUAGGUCGCCACUCAACACGGCGUUUUCGUUCUCGACGACGACAAAAAACUCAAAUCUGUUCUUCAAAAACCAUCCGAUCAAGAACUAAAAUCAGCUGGAGCCAUUUUAGAAAACGGCUUCGUUUUGACUGAUAGGUUCGAGAAAAAUUUUUUUGUGAAUUUGAAUUUUCAGUUGCUUCCAAAUGAGUUGGGAGCUGUGCCAAAGACUUGUGGACUCUUUUGAAGGGUUCAGACCAAUAAAAGAUGAACUUUGUUGUUACGGCGAUUUUAUGCGACCUUUGGGGACUUGCCCGAAGCUUGAAUACCUUCAAAAAUGUGUGUUUUUACGGAAUUCUGAAAAAAAUGUUCCAUGUUUUUAGCCUCGGAAGCUCUUUUGAAGCCUAAAACAGAGCUGGUCAACAUUUUCAAGACCGUUGAUGCUAGGGUAAGCUCAAUAAAAUCAGUUAUUCUAAAAAAAUUUGAAAAAAAUACAGGUUUUCAAUCUUGGCGAAAACUCGUUCUUUCAUUUCGGGACAUGUUCCGAAUUUUUGGAGCACAUGGCUCCUGCUUCGAUUUUCCGCAGAACUUUUGAUAUUUCCCCGAAAAAUAUCAUUUUUUCAAGUUUAAUCAACUGCAAGGUAACUUGGAAGUUUUUGAUGGAAAAUCAGUGUAGAAUUUGGAAAGUUCGACCGUAGUCUCUCAUUUUUGUUCUUGUAAUGAGUACUUUCUUCUGUCAUCACCCAAAAAGAACUGGGAAAAUGUUUAGUGGCCUCAUUAAAAGUUCAAGUGGUAGUAAUGGACCACUACAAACUACUAAAGUGGUUACUAAGACACAAUAUGGUGCCCCCCUAGUAGUUAUCCUCUUAAGUGGUCACUUGAGCUUUUCGCAGAACUGCAAAAAUUUGAGCACACAAAAAUUCACCCUAAUCACCGCAAAGGUCAAAUUGAAGAGCAAGCAAAAAAUGGCCCAAUUUUCCAAAGCAUUAUCAAUUUUUCCUUGAAAAAAGUUUUACAGGUUCCUGAAGAAACAUUUAUCGAGUUUUCAAAGCUGGAAAACGUGAAAAUUGGAAGAAACUGCAUAAUAAGCGGGGUGGAGGCUUUGGACAUUGAGAUUCCGUCGAAUUCGUUGCUAUUUACAAUGGAUUGCGAAGCGGGAUGCGUUACAUUUUGGUUCAAUGUACAGGAUGACAUCAAAAAGAAAGAGGAGAAGCUCAAAUUGAGAGGAUCUGAUACAAACUUGGAAAACUGUUCACUUUGGGAUGCGAAGAUAUUUCAAGUAAGUGAGAAUUAUGACUAAGAAUGGAAAUGACUUCAGGUGGAGCGAACAAGAAAGGAAUCUUUGAAAGCAACGUUAAAAGGGAUCGAUAAUAAAGUUAGCGCAAUUAAAUAAACUGGUAACUGAGUGAGUACUUUAGGGCAAUCUGAUUUCUCUCGCGGAGGCCGUGAGAACACAUAAUAUCGAAGCAGCCUUGAAAUGGAGAACUGACCUACGGAAAUCGGCCUCAGUAAACUGA